GCGAGACGACGAGGGAAGGAAGCGCGCUACCGCUUCGUCGUCGCGCGACGCGACGCGACGUGACGACGAGCGCCCGUCCGCGCGAGAGCUUUAGUCCGCGUCCGCACGUCGACUGAAACGCGACCGACCCACGUCCAUGUCCGUGUUAAGUGUCAAGCGCAGCUACCUCUUCAUCCUUGGCAUCCCUUCGGCACGCGAAACCCUUCGGGCCCACGGUCUUCCGCUUCCUGCUCUCCUGCGAGGCAGAAGGAUCGACCUGCCGGUGGAUCGAACACAAUAGAGUUCUCGAUUCCUCCUCUCCCGCGCGCGUAGUCCUCGUUUCUCUCGUAUCGCUACGCUCCUCGUCGUGCCAGUCACUCUCGACAUCCCUCUGCGAGAUCCCAUUCUACGAGGGAUGCCUCGCGAUCCUCUUUGAGAGACAGAGGCGGGCCGUGAGGAUGUCUCGAGCGCGUGGCAGGCGGAUUAAGACUGGCGGAAAUUCGAGAUGUAAUAUCCGGCAGCCCUAGUUACACGUACGGUGUGUGCACGCCGGUUGGCUUCCUGCCUUCGAAAUAGAGAGAGGGAGAGAAAUAGAGAGAAAGAGAGAAGGUUGGAACAGGCUACGGUACACCGAGGUCGGCACACUUUCGGGGGUGAACAAGACAACGAGGUCACGUCUCGCAGGAUUUUGGAUUCGAUCGGGGAUCCGUCAACGGAGAUCAGCGCGGGAGGAUAACGCGCCAACGUACCGAAAGUACCGUUGAGAUAGUACGAGGAGCCUUGCCAAAUUCGCGCCGCGCGACAAACGUCGCCACCGCCACAGGAUCGUCUCCCUCGUAAACGUCUCGGAUAUGCGUUGAGGAAGCGAUCUCGCGACGGCGACAGAGGAAGAGAAGCAGCGCACGUUUCCAACGAGAUCUCACGAUCCGCUGGCGAUCUCGCGGGCUCGCGUGUUACACGCGAGGGUGGCCGUCGACAGGCGCCAUGAGGAGACUCCUCUGCGGCGGGAGGAAGUGAUCGUCGACGAGACGACGGGACGAAGCGAAGGGAAGUUCGACGCGGGUGUGGCGAGUCGGGCCGGCGGGCCCGAUCGGUGUGAUGGUCUCAGGGUGGUGUCCGUGCGUGCCACUGGGGCGUCGGCAAUCGCCGGCCCAGCAACAGCAGCAGCAGCAGCAGCAGCAACAACCGCCGUCGUCGUCUAGGAACUCGGCGCCGUUCACCGUGAGCGCCGCGACCGACCGCGCGGAGAUGGUGCAGAUGUUCUAUUACGAGAACCGCGGCAAGUGUUGCAAGAAGCUGCUCAGAUACAACGGAUAUCCGAACAAGGUUCUCCUAUUUCCCGAGGAAGGCUGGGCGAGAAGCGCGAGUAGUUCCUACUGGACCCUAACGCCGUUCUGGUGGAGUCGAAGCAGGUGCAAGGUCGUCGAGGUCGCUGGAACAAGGAGGUACAGUACACAGGCUAAAAUGGUGGACACGGGCACAGGCACGCUCUAUAUCAUCGGCUCGUUCAAGAGGAUGACAACCGAUCCUGAUUUCAAGCUGUACCUGACGUCGAACGUCUCGUCGAGCGAUUUCAACAUGGGCUACAGCAUGACGGGCACGCUGGAGCGCGGCUGCAAGAAGACCAACUCCUUCCAGAUGACCCACUUCGCGGUGAUACGGCGGCGAGACUACGAGAAGGCGUACGAGGACCCGAAUCCCACCUAGUGUCCGUCCACACCCACGCUCUCGGAGUGUGGGGACUGCGAGCAUUACACGUAGGGGCAAGCGUCGCCGGCAAAAGGGAUGCACUUUCGCGCGCGUGUGCGUCGGCCGCGUGUUACGCGUCGCGCGGGAAAGUGCGUCCGCGCGGCGUUCCAGGUCGCUCGAUGAACGUGUCGGGAAGGAGCGGCUCUUUUCGCGGGGCUUAUUUCGCUCUCGCGGACUCCCGGGAAUCCCCAGACUCCCGGCCGAGAGGACUUCGCAGCUCUAGACGCGACGUCGGACGCGUCCUCGACGAAGAGGAUCGCGCACGACGAUCAAUCGCGAUCGAGAACCGCUCGGGCACACACCUGCGUAACGUCAGACCGCCAAGUCGCCGGUUGAAUUAGCGAUAUAUUCCUCAAAGAGGAAGGUAAAACCGCGAAAUAGCGCACGCGAAUAUAAAAAGCAUCAACUGGAUCGCUGCGAGAGGCGAAGGAGAGACGUAGAGAUAGGCAGGAGGAAGGCUAGUGGAACGGGGUGUUGGAGAAACACUAUGAAGCGUUAUCUACCUUCCCCUGGCGCAGGAGACUCAUAAGGAGAUAAUCAAGAUAGAGUGUGAAGGAAGGGGUCUUAAUUUACGUAGAAUCAACAUCAGCCCGCGGUUACGAGAGAUCCACAGGUGCGGUAGGUGAACGAAAGAGUGUAAGUUAAGACGGAGUAGAUAACGGGUAAAAGGUGGAUAUUGAGACCUGAUUCGCCAACAGGAUAAAUGUUUUUCCCUCGAGUUAAUAUUUCUUUUCUUAAGUCGCUGCCACACAUGUAACUUGUGCGAUUUUCUCUCUCUCUCUCUCUCUCUCUCUCUCUCUCUCUCUCUCUCUCGCGUUAAGGCCGAGUUGGCGGACUGGCGGAUCGCACGGUGUGUUCCCGAUCGCUCGGGAUCUCUCGAAGCGAGCCGUUCCCGCACUCGAGAGCUACGAGUUCGAAAUCGGAGAUUUUCGCGAACGAGAAAGACCUGGAACCUGGACAGCGGACUCGACGACGAGACGGAGCGGAAGGUAAGAAAGGUCGAAGGAUCGUCGGGGAGGAACGAACGUGUGUAUGAUAUCUACCAAAGCCGCGAGUAGCAGCCUCCCUGCACACGCGACAGCCAAACGUCCAAAGAUAGUCCGUAAUUUAGGUCGAAUUAAUUAGUUGUUAAAUAAAAGCGCUAACAAGCGACGCAUGCAGUCACAAGCGUGAUUAUAACAGUACAGAGAGGCGAGAGACGCUGGUCGAGAGGCGGGAAACUGUACACCAAAGUACUAGCACGUAAGUCUGCAAGUUCGUCGGCGAUAACCCAAAAUCGCAGCGCUCCUCCUCCCCUCGCUCCCCUCCUCUCCCCCCAAAAGGUACACUGCUUCUCAUCGAUCGACGCAUCGACGACCGCCUCGUCGAGAUUCGCGCGUGUGUAAUUAGUAAGCGAUUAUGUAUAGCGAGUUAAGGCUUCUCUUCUCUCGGCGUGAAUUCACUCGGCGCUCAACUGCCUAGGCUAGAGUUAUUGUGCCAAUUCGAAGCCAUCGUUGACGAGAGCACUGUACCUGAGAAUUACUACGAGAGUCAGAGCGCGGGAACACGCGCGGAGAAGCCGAUGCCUCGGCGAAACGAUGUGGGCCGGCCCCGCGAACGUCCAGUCGAACGUGUAAUCGCCCAAAAGACGUCCGAAAGGAAACCCGGGAGAUUGAGAUGUCUCUCGGCCUUUUGUGCUCGCCGUUCGCGCCAACGGCGACGAAAUGGGGCACUCGCACGUGCCAUUUCUCGCCACGUUGCACGAUAAAAUUCGCAGUGCAAAUAAAAAUUUAGAGAAACCACGUUUCCUGGAUCCUCGCGCGCAAAUGUCAGCCAAUUUCGCCCGCACCACGCGGAAUGACACAGAGCAGCGCCGUUGAUCUACGAGGAAAUCCCGGAUAGCGCGUUCGCGCGAGCAUCUCGUUGGAAUUUCAAGUAUAAUUACAUUUUGUAUGUAUUGCAUUUUGCGUUUGAGGGCACGCCCGGAGAAUUUCAUAUGACGGCGGUGGUGGCCGUCAGGCAGGCAGGCAGGGUCGGUUAUAAAUAUCGUUUCGCCUGGCACUGGCUUUAUAGGCAGUAUAGCUGUAGCGUGUAGCCGGCUUACAAGGUAUUUCAAAGCUUGUUACGCGCCCCUUUCUUUGAGCCACCGCCGACGCCGCUCGAAGAAAGAAAGCCCGCGAGAGAGUCUCGCUGCACUGGCUGGACAUACAACAACAAAGCGAGAGAGAAAGAGAGAGCCUCUGUGUGUCCCUCUCUUUCUCUCGCUCACUUACUCGCUCUCUCUCUCUCUCUUUCCCUCUUUUACCUUUACAGGAUCAUCGUGAACCGGUGUUGUAACCUUUACACGAUACUUAUUUUUGCUAAAGAGUAGGAAGUCGCUCACGAUGCCAGUCACGAUGUAUCCCGAUGAUCUAACGAGUGGUGAUCGCUGAUCGUUCGUUCGGGACGUAAAGUGGCUCCGAAAAAGUAGAGUCGGACAGGAAAUCCCGAGGAUUUCGGAAAGGUGGAAAAUCGGACUCGACGAGUCCUCUCGUGUUACACUUGUGUUAAGAACGUCAAAUGUCGAUUAUGCAUUAGUUAAGAUUAAGGGAGGUCCUGCUUUAGAUAGCCGAAAAAUAGGAGCAAUUUUAACAAUUUUUUUCAAAGGGAUAAAUAACGAUGUCGAUAUAGGAUUUUAGCCAUAUUAUUUAUCAUUAUUUUAAGUAGACAAAAAUUAUUUAACGAAAAAAUUGAAAUUUCAUUCAGGACUUUGUGUUGGGUGCAGCGUCGCCAGAUGCCUUUAACUGACGGGCGACAUUACAGUUCGUGUAACAAUUUGAAAUAAAUGGGACGAGAAAAUUUAAAAACUAUAUUAAAUUUACUGAAGAAUGAACCUAGAUAUUUUGACAAAUUUUCCCUAGACUAGUAUUACUACUAUCGGGGACAUCAAAUGAAAAAGAAAGAGAGAGGAAAAAUGUAGUCCGUAAUUUUUAUAUACCCUCAUUUUGUUAAAUUUCAACUUUCUGCAUAAAACAAAGAAAGGCCCUCCAACAAAUUUAGUACAGUUUUCCAAUUUUCUGGUCCCAUUUGUUUCCGGUUAUUACACGAACUGUAAUGUUGCACAUCAAAUUUGGAGGCGUCCGGCGAUAUUGCACCCAGCACAAAAAAACUAGAUGGAGAAUUUCAAUUUUUUUUAAAUUUUCAUACAUAAAACAACGAUAAAAGCAGCAAACAAUCAAAAUUUUAUAUUAAUAUUUUUAUACAUUUCUCUGAAAAAGAUUUGUAAAAACUUCAAUUAUUAAUUCUUUAAUUUUUUAUUUGUUAAAAACCUCCUAUUUUUUUACUAUCUAGGCCAAAACCUGCCCUUAAAGUUACGUUUUAAAGUUGUGUUUUGGAGUUAUGUUGCGUGUUCUCCGAAUAAUUUAUUUAUUCGUCGUUGUUUCACGGUAAAAGAGAUGUGAUUUGCGUUUGGUCAUUCGAUCAGAUUUGCUUUGCGCGCCCAGCGAUAUCAUCGACGUUAUCGCCGUUGCGUCGCGCGAUUCGGGACGCGAAUUUCUACCGCGAAUACUAAUCGCGGAGGUGUUUCUGCACGAGACGUUUCCUCGCCUGCCGUCGUCGCGGAAAACCGGUAGCGAACGAGCGGUCGCGAGAAAAGUUCUACCGAUAAAACAAACUCGUCGUUCGUAACUACCCCUAGAGUCCUCGAUGAGAAUCUCUUCCGCUUUUGCUCAAGGAAUUACCUAAUGCCAAAUGGAUAAUUACGUGCAAUAGAGCGCAAGAGGAGGUUGAGUCGUUUCACGCAUUCGAUAUUAGAAUAUCGCGCUGUGUUGAGUUUCACUAUAUAUAGAAGGUAAAACACGGUGCACCCGAGCGUGUUGGGUGAAAUUCUGUCGUAGAUUAUUUUCGUCGGUGAUACCUGCUAGACAGUCACCGAGAUGAGAUGGAAAAUUCGUUCGACUGAUCCUUUCAGUAUCGAAUAGAUCGACAUUCUCGAUGAAAAAUUUACGAUAAUUCUAUUUUCAAUCCUCUCAAGAACUCUCGUCGCAUCAACGAAUGUUAGUUCAAUAAUUUAUAAGUCUCUCGGAGAGAGUGUAAUACGCGGGGAUACUGAAAGGGUUACGUAUAUAAUAUAAGGAGAGAAAAGAUCUCGCGGCUUACCGUUUGAAUAUUUCUUUGCGUUGCGACGCUUUUCUCGAAUUUCGCGCGAGUGUGGGCGAUCGAAUCCAAUCGGAUUCCUCCUCCCGUUGGUGGAGUUACGUGUUACAGGGUUUAGCGUUUUCUCGCAAUUCAAGGGUGGCUCAAGGUUUGUCGCUUCUCCCGGCAAUCUUCGUGCGAAUCUGAUCAACGUGUCGGGAUAAAAAAUGCCGGGGGAUUGCAGGCAGGAGGGGGAAUAAUUCUGUGAACCGAUGUUGCUCAUGACACGGUAAAGUCUCGUUAGUUCGAAAAUCCACCAUCUCCUCCACUACAAAUCCUCCUCUACGAUGAACUGUUUCGAGUUCCUCCGAAUUUGCUCUAACGAGGGUUUAUUGUGCUCGUACUUUGCCAUCGGUGCGUGUGUGUGGUGCAUGCAUGUGCGUGUGUGUAUGGCAGAAUUACGUUCGUUAUUAUUAGCCACGUUACUUGGAUUGCGAAAAUCGCGUAGAGGAUCGAUAAGAUAGCAUACCGCUGCAUGUACAUACAUAUAUAUUGUGAAAACACAACUCUCAUAUACACGUACACAUUUGCAAAUACACACAUGUACGCGCACACACGUACCGCGCACCGAGACACACACACACACACACACACACACACACAUACACGUUCCGCGAGAGUAGAUGAACUUUUCGCGAGAACCACGUUGAUGUUGUAGUUUAUUAGAUUAGCACUCGUGGCGCUUCUUCUAGCCGAUCUAGUCCUUAGAUCUAGCACGGACCGCCCGUCGUAGUUGAACUGUUCUCGAUAGCGGCCGAUUAGCCGAGGGAUUCGCGUGUCCGAGAGAGUUCUCGCGAGCCGAUGCGAGCCCUGGCGUUUCGCGAAAUCGCGACGAGCGAGUUGUCGCACUAUAAAUUCCGUUACCGCGUCGCCGAAAGGUUAUUACCUCGAAAAACAUGGUGCACGCCACCGUUCGGCACGUCUUACUUGGCGAGCAGCCUCGGCAGCGCGCGCGCGCGCUUCCGUUUUACGACGCCGCGGCUCCUAAAUUCAACAACGGCGAAUUUCCGGCGCCCGUCAGGCGGAGAGGAGUCGCGUCCUCGUCGCCCAGACGAGACGUCUUGCAUCGCUUCCUGGCUUUUAAGAUUCAUAGCCGACGCUUUAUAACGUUCUUUCGACGUCGCCGGGAUGCCGAUCUACGAUCGCUAAGCCCCACGGCGAAUCGCGGACAUUCGAUACACCCAGUGGCCUUUACGGCCGAAAUCACUUCACGCUUUUUGCGAAACGGGACGAGUAUCUUCGGCCAGCCGAAGCGCGAUCGUGCGUGACGACGUUUUCGAGAAAAACCAACGGAUGGUCGCGAUCUAUCGUUUCCGCGCGCACGAAUGGCGAAGAUCUCACCCUGGAUUUUCGCAGUCUCGAGCGUCUCCUUCGCGAAAACACCGGAGUGAAUUUUCAAAUCGCAAGAAACCGAAUCUCACUUUCCAACUACAUUCCCUACAUCGAGAAAAAAAUACUUGAAAAUUUCUCUGCGUGAUAUGAGGUUUAUUUCAGCGAAAUAAGGUUUACUCUCGCGAAACAAAGUUUAUUCCUGUGAAUAUAAACUUAUAUCCCGCAGGUAAAUUGUCAAGCAUCGUUUCCUCAAUAUACCCACUGAGAAAGGAAUAUUUUCAAAUUUACUGUAGAACAAGAGUUUAUCUCGCCAAAACAAACUAUAUUACAAAAAUUAUAAUUAUAUUUAAUUUACAUAAUAAUUAUACAAUAACAAUAAAUUUACGUAAUAAUUUAUUGUAUUUGUAAUUAAGAUGUAAAUAUUAUGAAAAUUUAUUUCUCACCGAAGUAAACUUCAUAUCCCACGAAUAAAUGUUCAAGUAUUUCUUUCUCAGUGCACAUCGUCGCUGACCGUGCGAUUCUUCCUCGUCUUAGUUUGACCGAGACGGAAUUUUCAUUCACAAGACGCAAGAUAUGCGGGAAAUGCGCGAUUAAAUUUUUGCACGCCAGACGGAGCGUGAUAGCUCGAAUUUGGGACACGGUUUGACCGACGUCGUUAUUUCGGCAUAUUACUGGUACGACACGCGUAUUAAUCUGCUCGCACUCGACUCGCGAGAGUCUCUCUCUCUCUCUCUCUCUCUCUUUCUUUUCCUCUCCUCGGUUCAUCCCUCGGCAAAAUAACAUUACUGUCUCGCCUAAAACGAUAGCGGUCGCGUCCUCCACUUUUCGGGGUAGUCUUCUAUAGCCUUUUAGGAUGAUUUAAGUGAAUACGUACGUCCGAUAUCACGGUCCCUCCUAACUACUUAGCCGUAGUCUAGACCCACUGAUGCACGCUUUCUUCGAAUCUGAAACGGAGUACUCCUAUCUUCGUCAGCUGCACAACGGGUCUCUAGUCUAUCUUAUCGCGUCGCGCUACUCCGUCGCACUCGGAUCGUCCGUAAUUGCAUCGAAUCAGUCAAGCGUGUUUCAAGCCCGCAAAACAAGAAUAUACUUAUAUUUUUGUAUAAUUAUACCCUCGGGGAUAUCUCUCUAAUUGGCAAAUUGAGGUGACUUUGUGCUCACUUCAUCUCUCGCUCAAGUAAAAAGUCGACUGCACGAGAAAAUAUUGUAGUGAAAAUCGCGUUGAAAUUACAUCGCUUUUUGCAAUGCUUUUUAUAAAACUGGAUUAUACUCAAAUUGUAAUAUAAAUUAUCACAAAAUUUGUAAUAAUCUCGUCACUUUGAUAUAUAAUAUAAAAGAUACUCAAGUAUAGUCACAAUAAUGUUAUAGUAAAAAAUCAUACACCUGCAUAACAUUUUUAAACAGAUUUUGGAUAGAUCGGAACAAAUGUUGAAGCUUUAAGUCAGGGUCAGUGAACGCUCAAUGAGAUUUUGUGCCGGAUGGUGUGUACCUUCCGAAUUUCAUCAAGAUCUAAAGGUACAAAUCAAUCGGAUACGAAAAUUCACUGAGCGCUAGUGCUGAAUCCACUCAUUUGGACAUCGGUGCCGCAUGCUCCGGCGAGAGGGAGCGCGUGUUUCGUUUCAUCCAGGAGAGGCAGAAUCAAAAUCGAUCGCGGCGAUCCGGAUGCGGAGGAGGUAGCGGGCCGUGCCCUAUCUUCGAGAUAUAGCGAGAAUGUAAACGUAGACACGCCAAGUAGUGGUCGUAGUGAAAUCGAUGGUCGUCGUCGUCGUCGUGUCUCAUCGCCGGGCGUCGCGACGCCGUCGACGCUCCGCUUUGCGCUCCGCUCCGUUCCUCUCCGAGCCGCUCUCAGGGCGUCUCUUAUCCUGCUCUUCUCCUUCUCUCUUCUCCACCUUAUCUGGCCCCUGUCUCUCUCCCGCUCUCGUUAGAUCGCCAGUCGAAUCUUCGCCGCUCACGCGAACGUCGACCGGCAAAUUUUAUUUUUUCUAGGCGGCAAAGAUCCUCGACUCGCGAUCUCGCGGCCUCCGAAUGGCGUCGCGGGCGUCGACAGUCGCGACGGACCGGCGGUGAUUUUCGUCCGGAUGCGACAGUCGGGCUCGACGUCACCGGCUGAGACUCGUGCGACUCGCGCACGGUCGAGACCGCACGAAGAGCUCACGCUGGAAGGACCGAGUCCAAAAUGUACAAUGAACUUAGUCGCUUAAAGUGGACCUCGGGAAUUAUGUACAGGUAAAUUCAGUCCAUCCUCUGUCUUGUCUCCAACGUUUAAGGGACGGUUUCUGACAAUGUCGCAUUUAGAUAUGGCGAACGCUAAGGACACGAGAGGCCAUUAGCGCGAACUUGAAUCCAAGAUGGCAAUUGCCAUAAUUUAUAGCUGGCUUGCAACGAGCAUGGCCUCGGCGUUUACCGUAUCCUAACUGCGCGACGGUGUAAAACUUUGCUAAUAACGACGUCCAUUUCGGUAACACCGAAGGUCUGAAGUAGCGGCCCGUAUUUAUGUUACGUCGCGAUAUGUUUUCCUGUGGCUUUCCGACUUUUAUUUCGCGCGCUAGCAUCGCGAGCGGUAACAAGAGAUAAACGAUACGUUCCCAUUUGUCUGGUAGAUUAUCCGCGGCGUCAACAGUUACAAAACAGAAGGAUCCGGAAAAAAACAAACGCAAGUCUGAAUUAUGUCUCGUUAAUUCUGCGAACAAUCGACUGUCGCAUCCGCGUCUCGUUGUAAUCGAUGUGUGUAGUCACAUAGCGAGUAGCGAAGAGAAACUAAGAAGAGAUGUAUCCUUGUAACAAACGCCAAACGGAUUACGGCAUUGCACUGGUUUUAGAGGAGGAAGAGAAGGCAAGAAAGAAGAAAAAUACGAACGAAACAUUCGUAUUCAAAGCUAUGGCUGUGAUUCUCAUUAAUCGGUAAAAAAAAAAUCGGUUCAUAUUGUACUCGAAACACAUAUUAUAUAAAAAAAAUAUAUAUAUAAAUAUUAUAUAUUAUAUAUACAUAUAUGUAGGUUAUAUAUGCGGCGAUAUAUUUAGUGAUAAAGACACGAUAUUUUGCACGCCGUUGGGUUCCGCGUUCGCGUCUCUCUCUCUUUCCUUUCCUCGAAAUAGUCGAAAUUCACGAUCGCGCGCCUCUCCGUCCCGCGACGGGGCGGGCUUUAUUUUUUUAUCUGGUGCUAAAUCCCAGAGAGUACUAGCGUGCGAUUUCGUUGAUCGAGACAUCGAUCGGUCCCUAGGCGUUCUAUCCGCGGCGGGAAUUGAAACCGAGUGGGGAAGGUUUUUUCGCUGGCGUAGAAACACGCGGAAAUGAUCCCGGCGGCGCCGGAGACCGGGAUACAAGGCGACGUGUAUUCAGAAAUACGGAUUCACGAGUGAAAAACAGAGCGCAAGCCCCGAUACAAAUAUAUGCGGUUUCCGCGACUCAUCGUGGCUCGCGCCGCGCGUCGUGCGAGCGCGACACGAGUCGUCAGAGAGAUCAGAACGACCAUUUCCCAGGCGCAAUUUUCACGAUGCUGUGAGCUGUCCCGAGAGCUCCGAGAUCGAUGCUGCCAUUCUCUAUUCAAUUAAGGAUCCCACUGCUAUUCUAAAAUAAUAUCUAAGCGUCCGCUCUCUCCCUUCAUUCACGGAUCGCGUUGCUGACGAAGUGUCGUCAGUUAUUUUAAGUCUGAACAUUCAGUUGCAACGAUCGAUUCGCGAGACACAAUCAGUAGCGCAAGGAUCGCGAUAGUCUCUUUUUUUGGUGUGUUUUUCUUCUCUCGCGAUGAAUUGUGCAACGCAUCUAUAGCCGACAAAACAAAACUCACUUCUCCAGUAAUCCUCGGAAGAUAAACCCUGCCACUGGAUGCCGGGGAUGCGAUCUGAAAUUCAUCGAAGUGAAAACGUCGCGAUUGUUCCGCGGCCGACACUGCGUUUAUGCCGCAGCUUUAGCGCGAAAAAUUGCACCCACCGAAUUUCACGCCGGUCUCGAUUCUCGCGCGCGUCCGCGAACGAUUGCUCACUGUUUUUCGCGUUUGAUUGAGAAUCAAAUCUCUCUGAGCGGAGCGAGGGGAGGCGUGCAGCCGCCGGCUCCCCUCUGAAAAUCAAAGCCAUUAGCGCGAUAGCUCCUAAGGUCUCUUUGCGAUCCACCGUCAAUGCGUAAACGCACAUACAUAACAACAACAACACACACACACACACAUACACACAUACAUUCGUUUAACGUAACGUCUAAUUAAUCGAUUAGGCCGUAGGCUUAACGAGCGCGGUAACGCCGCGCGAAUGUAGAUACGCGCGACGAAAGGGCGUUCAACAGCGGCUCUUCGGCUAAUGAGAGGAUAUCGAUCGCACGCAUUGAUUGCGGCCGAAUAAAUAGGCUCUCUGCGAGAUACCUCUGCGAGGACGGGCGGCACGAUUAAGAGGGGCUCCACGGAGACUCGAUCUCUAGGGAAUAUCAAAAAGGGCUCGACGAUCUCAGGAUAUAAAUCGCGAUUUGUUAAGAUUCAUGAAGGUAUCAAUCGCGCUGAUUGUCUCCAACGACAGGAGGAACGUUCAGUAAGCUUCGUAAACUUCGAGACUGCACUGGAAAAAAAGAAGAUAUGCAUAACCAAAAAUAAUUCAGUUGCGACAUAGUCGCAUCAACCUAGUGAUCUUUGCGCGAUAGUAAUGUGAAAUUACUAUAAAUUAAAUAUAAUGUGAAAUUACUGUAUAAUAAGCCAAUUACUUUGGGGUAUACUUCAACUGUAGUUGUGUGUAAUCUGGACGUGGCAGCUAGAAAUCAGUUAGGUCGACAUUUUUAUUGUACACCGAAAAAAUCAUUUUUAUAUUUGGAACUUGGUACAUAUGAUUUUGUUGGCAUUACCAUGUUUUUAUUUGUAAAGUAAAGCCUUCAGAGCGGCGAUUAAAUGUUUUCCUCGCGAUUACCAAACAUUUGGUUUUAACCAAAUUACGCCGCGGUGUGAACCGAAUUUUCGUCUCGACAACAAAAUCCUUUUUUUCAGUGUGGGUACGUGCUCCUGGUUGGAGCAACCAGAUAUCGUCGCUGUAAGCCAGCAAUUGCUUUGCGGUUGCAGCAACCACAUAAUUCGUUGUUCCGUAUUUUACUGCUGAAUCUGGUUGGCACAAGCAGACUUAUGUGUGGGCCAACCGUUUUCUCUGUGUAGCAUUUAUCGCGUCGCAAGAGAGCACGAUGCGCUUCACUCUCGCUGUUGCACGCCGUUAAUCGCGCGAGUGCGCCGGAGAGGAUGUCGCUCGAGAAAGUGGAGGACGCUCCUUCGAGCAUCCUCUCCGCGCCCACGUCUGUAAAACGAGCGACAGAGAUAAUCAGUUGACCGCGACUCCUUCGUUCCCCCCGACCGACCGACCGACCGACCGACCGAGUGGAGCGCGCGCGCGGAAGUCGCGAAUUCAAUCAAAAUAAUUCCGAGCAGCCGAGACAGAGAGGUCGGCGACAGAGAGACGCAGGAUGCAGGUGUCAUCCUCGCAGCGCGAGUGCAGCGAUACGGAACGAGGGAAGCGCGGGUGUUUGAUGUAUUUUCACUACAGUCCUGUCUACAGUCAAUUCAUUUUGUAUCUAUACCUAAUCUAUGUAUCUAUCGUCAUAAUUUAUGCCGAAUAAAUGUUACAUUUACGCAUAA